AUGGCAACAAUUUGUUGCAAACCGAAACGAACCUCUAACAAAGUUCAAAAUAAGGAAUCAACUUAUCGUCUAACUAAUUUAUCCAACGACGGAGAUUGGUCCCGAGCGAUUCACCAUGAUCUGAACAUCAAACGACGAACUUGCACAACUUUUGUCCCUAAAGACAAAACGAAAUUCGAUCGAAGUCGAAGUCGAAGUGAUGUUCAAUGUUGUUGUAAUCGUCUUCAUCGUGAACAUUCAUGGAGUGUUUACGAAGAUCCUGAUACCAAAUGGGAUGCUAAACUUCACACUACAUCAGCUUAUAACAACGCAUACGGAUAUACUUCGAAUAGCCAUGCAAAUUACAUUCGUUGUGAUAUCGAAACUGAUCCGAAAAUUCUCAUGAGAUUAAUGAUCGAAGUUUGGAAGGUACAACCACCACGUUUAAUCAUGUGUAUUAUUGGUGGUGCAAAAUAUUUCAAAUUGAAUGAAAGACUGGAGAGAGAAUUUAUGAAAGGUAUUAUUCAAGCAGCAUUAAAAGCAGAUGGAUGGAUUGUAACAACGGGAUUUAAGACAGGUGUUGUACAACUUGUCGGUGAAGCGAUUCAUGAUCAUAAAGUGACGAAUCCGAGAAGUAAAAUUACAGCGAUCGGUUGUUCGAAAUGGGGAGCGACGAAAAAUCGAGAAUUAUUCGUCUCUUCAAAACCAGCAUCUAAGGAAAGUGUAAAUCCGUCAACUACGAAUGGAUCAAAAACUGAGAAGAAAAGUGAACAAGAGUUAGACCCGAACCAUACACAUUUUCUUCUACUUGACGAUGGAACAUAUUAUAAAUAUGACACCGGAGAUUAUCGUUCGAGAUUUGUUCUUGAUGCUGCUCGUUAUCGAUACAAUGGUGAUUCAACCAGUGAACAACAAGAUGUUCCUGUGGUCACAAUUGUUGUCGAAGGUGGACCGGAUACUUUGUUAACGAUUUACAAAGAUCUUCGUCAAGAUAUUCCAAUUGUUUUGAUUGAUGGAAGUGGUCGAGUGCCGAAUCUUUUGGCAAAUUUUCUAAUUCGUACAGAGACAAUGAUAAAUCGAAUGGGAAAAGAAGAAAUGGUCACUUGGAAACAAGCAGUUGAUAUCAAAACUACGAAGGAUAUUGAAGGAUUAAAAAGCCAAUUUUAUUCUUAUGCUGAUGAAAUCUGUGAUGGAUUAAAAGAUAUCUCGAAAGGAUCGAAGAAGAACGAAAAUUUCGAGGAAUUAUUUCAUUGUAUUCUUUAUUGUUUACAACCAGCUGUUCGAUCAAGAAUUCGAAUAUAUAGUCUUGACAAUGAUCGAGAUUUAGAUGAUACGAUUUUCGAAGCGAUCAUUCAUGCGAAACAAGAGAAAAGUUCCGAUGUUUCCAGUCGAAAACAAUUAUUGAGAUUAGCUUUGGCUUGGGAUGCGAUUGAAGUUGCGAAAGAACUGAUUAUUAAAGAUGAUUUGAGCGAUUUUGAUGAACAAUCGAAGAAUCAAUUAUUCAUCGAAGCACUUAAACGUGAUCGUUCACAAUUUAUCAACACGUUUAUAAAACUAAAUUUCGAUGUGGCAAAGAUCUUUUACGAAAGUCAAAUAAAUAAACCUUGGAAACUCAAAUGGAAACAAUUGGCUGAUAUUUACAAAGAAGAAUAUACAAAAGAUAAAGAACGUCUUUAUCUCUUAGAAAAAUGUAAUCGAAGUCGACCAAUCGAAACUCGAGAUGAUCUUGAUCGAAUUUUGAAGACAGUUGUUGGUGAUUACAUGAAAUCGACCUACGCUCCAACAGCUAGUGGAUUUUGGGGACGCUUAUUAAUCUGUUGUCGAUGUCCACAGCGAAAUCGUGUGUCGGAUAGUCGUGCUAAUUUAUAUACAGAUGAUGAUAUCGACGAGACAGGAAUAUACAAUCCAGAAGAAGCGAAGAAAGAAGCGCGAGAACUUGCCCUACGAGAUUUAUUUUUCUGGGCAAUACUUACCAAUCGAUUGGAUAUGGCCAAAGUAUUUUUAGGACAUAUGCAGGCGCGUAUUUGUGCGGCUUUGAUCGCAUCGAAAGUCUUGAAGUGUUAUGUUGAAUAUGCACGAGAUAAUGAUUCGAAAGAUGCGUUAAGUUCAGAGGCAGAGCAGUUCGAAGAUUAUGCAAUUAAAUGUUUGAGAUUUUGUUAUAAUUAUGAUGAAUCGAUUGCAUGUGAAAUUGCUAUUCGACGAAUUAACAUUUUCGGAGGUGUUUCAUGUCUUCAGGUCGCAGUUGACGCUGAUGACAAAAAUUUCGUUGGACAGCCAUGUUGUGAUCAGUUAUUAAACAAUGUUUGGUAUGACAAAUUAGAUCCUUACAAAACGACAUUGAUUCGCCGCGUUCUCGUACUUAUAAGCGUUUGUUCAUUUGGUUUGUUGGCACCAUUGUUAGUUGCGUAUCGUAAACCACCAUUGGAUUCGGAAAACGAUGGUUUUCAGUCGUUUGAAAAGACAAAACACUCAAUGACUGUUAACGAAACACAGGAUGAAACUGAUCCAUUGAUCCCCAAAAGAAAGCAAAGAUUAAAUGAUCAUGGAAUCCACUAUUCGGAUAAUAUCAUUUCUUCAUCAAAUUUAACCUUUUCGAAAAAGGUUAAAUUAUAUUUCCGUCAAUUGAAACAAUUUCAUGAGUCGCCUUAUAUUAAAUUCUUAUACAAUUCUGCUAGUUACAUCUUUUUCUUGUUGCUCUUUUCGUACUACCUGUUAUUUAAUUUCAAUCCACCAACAGAUGAUAUUCCUAGUAUUAAUUGGACAGAGAUUUUGGUUAUUAUCAUGAUUACAACGAUGUUAAUGGAAGAUUUUCGAAAAUUCCUCUGUCAAGAGAAUCGAUCAUUCAUGGGCAAAAUGCAAAAUUAUUUCAUCAAAGACGCAUUUUUCAGUUCAAUUCGUGUUGCAUCGUACCUUCUCUUUUACAUUGGUUUAAUCCUUCGCUUUGCAAAUGCAUCAACUCCCGAAGAUUUCUCCUCGGCAAAAAUCGUUCUUGCUUAUGACUUAGAGAUCUGGUAUAUUCGAUCAUUGGCUUUUCUCGGCAUCGCAAAAAACCUCGGACCCAAACUUGUUAUGAUCCGAAGAAUGGUUAUCGAUUUGUUCUUCUUUAUCUAUAUUAUCAUAGUCGCAAUGGUUGCAUAUGGUGUGGCUUCACGCGCGAUGUAUGACUUUAAUGCUGAUGCGGACAAUGAUGAUUUGACAUUUGACGGUCGAUCGAUCUUUCGACACAUCAUCUAUCCGAGUUAUUAUCUUAUGUAUGGAGAAACUGAUGGAGACACGCAAGCACUUGAUCAAAAUCCGAAUGCGUCUACAUCUAUUGCUACACAUGUUUUAUUAGCCUUUCAUAUGUUAUUCGUGAAUAUUUUACUUAUUAAUCUUCUCAUUGCCAUGUUUAGUUUUACAUUUGAAUCGGUUCAAACUCAAACAGAUCUUGUGUGGCGCUAUGAACGAUAUUCAUUUGUUCGGGAAUAUUUCGAUCGUCCACCACUUUUUCCUCCAUUUAUUUUUAUAACACAUUUUAUUGAAUUAUGCAAAUUAGUUCUUCGACACUUACCGUGUGCAAAACAUCCUUCAUCAAGAAUACGACCAGCGAAGACAUUUAAAAUGGUCGCUGCCACUGAACAAAUUGAAAAAGAAUGGUCGGAAUUUGAAAGUUAUUCAACGAAUUCAUAUGCUCAAUCAGUUAUUAGUGGCCAGUCGACAUCUACUGCAGCUCUUGUCUCAUCAGCUGCACGACAAGACGCUUCGUCUGUCACAUUAGAUGCUCUCAAUCUCCCUCAAAUAUCACCGAAUUUCGAUAUCAAGUCAAUCACCGAAGAAAUGUCAUCAAUCAAAAAAGCUGUGGGAGAUCUUCGAACUUAUGCUGAAGAAAUGAAUCGAUGUAUGCAAUGGAUGAUGGACGCAAUGGAACGUGUGAGGAUGUCGAAAGAUCCAAAACCACGAUUACGAUCAGCGAUAACAACGAGUGAUAUUCAACUCACCGAUGAAUGA